GUGCGCCGGACGUGCAUCACCCCCUGUUGCCGAUCACUAUGGUUGGCCCCAGAGGCGGGACUGUGACGUAAUAAGCGCGGAAGGCGCUUGCUGUGCAACCCCAAAGUGGACAAACGGGGCGUGGCGCUGGCGGUUUAGGGACUGAUCUUCUGGUUUUCAGACCCCGAUUACCGUUGGCGAUAUGUCAGCGUACCCCAGAAGCUACAACCCUUUCGACGACGAUGCGGAAGACGAAGAUUCGCGGCAGGCUCCGGGGAGGGACACCCGUGACCUCCCCGACGGACUCGCCGCGCCCACAGACCGGCAACAGUACCUGCGGCAGGAGGUGCUGCGCAGGGCGGAGGCCACAGCAGCCAGUACCAGCCGGUCUCUGUCUCUCAUGUACGAGUCCGAGAAGGUCGGGGUCGCCUCUUGUGAGGAAUUGGUCCGGCAGCGAGGAGUCUUAGAACGCACAGAGAAGAUGGUAGACAAGAUGGAUCAAGACUUGAAGACCAGCCAGAGGCACAUCAACAGCAUUAAGAGUGUGUUUGGUGGGCUCGUCAAUUACUUCAAAUCCAAACCAGUAGAGACCCCAACUGAACAGAAUGGCACGCUCACCCCGCAGACCAAUAGCAGAUUGAAAGAAGCCAUAAGUAUAAGUAAAGAACAGGAGGAAAAGUACCAGGCCAGCCACCCAAACCUCCGGAAGCUGGAUGAUGUAGAUUCCCAAACUAGCUCUUCUGUGAAUACUGAAGCUUACCCAAAAAACCCGCACCUUCGAGCCUAUCAUCAGAAGAUUGACAGCAACCUAGCAGUCAAAGAGGCUCCUGGAUGCCUGGCAUGGUGGCUCAUGCCUGUAAACUCAGGAAUUCAGAAGGCUGAAGCAGGAGGAUCACUACAAGUUCAAACCAUCCUGGGCUACAUAGUGAGUUCAAAGCCACCCUGGACUAUAUGGUGUAAUGAUUAAUACACUGCAUCAACUUGAGAAGUUUAGAAGCUUAACUAAGUAACUCAGCAUUGUACAUCUUAGGGUGUAGAAGACAUGCUCUAGGGUGGCAUGCCUUCUAUUUUAGGCUUUAGGAUGUUAUAAUGGUUGAUUCAUUGUAUUAAUUUGGACUGUUUAGAAGUUUAACUAAGUGACUCAGCAGGGGGCCCAGGUCCUCACUUUGUAAACAUCCUGGGCCUGGCCUGUACAAGAGGAGAGCAGAGAUGGUGUGAGUGCUAUGCCCACCCUAGGGUGGGUAGCCUGCUUAGAAUAUAAAGGAGGAAAAAAGGCUUGCUUCCCACCCCAUUUGCUCUUGCUGCUUUUGCUGUCUUUAAACCUCUACAAACUGUUAGCUAAAUAGCCUUUCCCUCUUUAAUUUUGGGUCUGGGAAUUUAGCUCAGUGGCUCAAGCCCUUGUCUGGUAAGCAUUAGGUUGUGAGUUCAAUCUCCGGUAAAAGAAAAUAAAAACCUCUUUAAUUUUGGGUGUCAGGUAUUUUGUCUCAGCAAUAAGGAAAAAGUAAUUGAGACAUGCAGCAAGACCCUGUCUCACAAAACCAAAAGAAAAGAAAAGGACUCCUGGAUAAGGUAGCUAAGUCUAAGUCAGAAACAGCAUCUGUUACGCUUUAUGUCUACAUGUUUCCCUAGAGUCUCAUGUCAUGGCAUGGCAAGGUGGGCUUUUCAGAGGCAGCUGAAUCUAGAAUUUGUGAUUCACUCAUGGUCCAGUGUUUCAUGAGUCUCAUACCCUCUUUAGGGCAGGUAGCUUGCAUACAAAAUAAGGGACAGAAGAGGUUUGUGUCUCCCUCCCUUCCUGUUUUUGCUGUCUUCUGCCCCCCAUGAAUUGCUCUCCUUUGUGAAGUCACCCUGCCUUGAAUUUAUGGAUUAAAACCUCUACAAACUGUGAGCUAAGAACCUUUUGUCCUAAAACUUUGGGUGUCAGGCAUUUUGUCUCAGCAAUGAGGAAAGAAACUAAGACAGCAUCUAUGAAAGACAUGACUUUGGCCAGGUGUGGUGGGACUCACUUGUACUACAUGCUCAAGCCCAACCUGGACUACACAGUGAGUUCAAGGCCAGCCUGAACUACAUAAGGAGACUCUGUCUUAAAAAUAAAUAAAUAAAAGAAUUGACUUUGAGGGGUAAAAGGGUGCUAGAGAUGUGGAACUCAGGGCCUUAAACAUGCUAGGCAAGAGCUAAACCACUGAGCUAUAUCCAACUCAGAAGUGAUCACUGAUAGUUUUGUACAGAAAAUUAUAAUUGAGAGUGGGGGGACGCAUGGUAGAUUAUUUGCCUAGUAUGAAUAAGGCCCUAGGUUCAAUCCCUAACAAUAUACACACAGUUAUAAUUGGGAUAUGAAUAUUGUUUCAUAUGUAUUAUAGCAACAAAUAAUACAGUGAGAGUUAAAAAAGAAAAGCAUCAGUGAACUGAAUAUCAGUUCUGGGGCAUCUCAGUGACAGAACACUUGCCUAACACUUGCAAGGUCCUCAGUUCAAUUCCCAGCCCUGAAAAGAAAUUACUCAAAGUAUGGACGAAUAACGACGGAGAAUAGAUGAGUGGAAAAAUUUAUUGCAUAGAAACACAAAGAAAUUAUGGAAGAAAAUUAGUAAAUGCAGUAGAAAUGGAACAGGUCCACUAAAUCUUUCUGUAGAGAGCAUACGAGGACUGCUGAUAUCAUCAAUUCAAUAUAAAUAUAUCAUGUAACUCACCAUCUACAUUGUCAUGUCUCUUCUAUUCUUAGCAUCACUGCUGUAAAGAAAUCAAGGGCAGAAAGGAGGGACAGAAAUUUGUUCUCUAUGUCUUCAGUAAGAAAGCAAUUUAGGAAGAAUGCCAGGCCUUAACUUUGCCUGAAGGAUUGGGCCUGGCCAGGUAGGGAGAAGGAAAAAGCCAAUCAUAGGUUCCAAAGUUGUAGCCUCUGCAGAGGCAGCAUCAGGGAUGGGAAAUAAAGAAUCUAGAGAAGCUGCUCAAAAAGUCUUUUUGGUUCAGUCCACACUGUUAGGUAAUUAUCUUACAAAAGAGAAUCGAAGUAUAAUACCACCUGGAAAACCUAGGAAUAAGCAAGGUAAAACAGAACCAUAGACCUGGAGGUUACAGCCUUUCUUUCAUGCUUUCAUGCUGUGUCUCAUUUCCAUUUUGUUGUCUCUUAGUGUUGUGGUUUGGGAUUGCAAAGAAAACAAUUACAGAUAGGACACAUAGUUUAUAGUGUUAUUUAUAAUGGUCACCCAAGGAGUCAAAUACAAACAUAGUACAGGAAAUCUGUCCACACACUAAAGACCUAGAAAAUCUAGCCAAGGGGCUGGGGAUUUAGCUCAGCGGCAUAAGCACCUGCCUUGCAAGCAGGCAGUCGUGAGUUCAAUCCCUGGUACCGGUAAAAAUGAAAAAGACCAAAAAAAAAAAAAAAAGAAAAUCUAGCCAAGGGUCUGGAUCCCAUGGCAAUAAACCCUCAUUAGUUCAGUUGAAGCCCUAGAGCCCAUGACAUUGCCUUCUACAAGUCCAUCUGGGGACCUAGAGCUCACGACAAUGACUCAUGAAAGUCUGUUUCACAUUUCUGUGCUGGGAAGGCCCCAGAGUCAGUGGUGGAAGCUAGAAAGUCUCUGCCAGUGGGAUGAAGGAUCUGUGCCAGUAGACUGAGUUUUGCACUGGCGCCAGGAAGUAACACUCAUACUAAGAACCAGAACUUCCCCCCAAAAUACCACACACAUCUUCAGGGAUGAGGUCCCGAGCUCCUCCUCCGAAGAGAACAGUCCUGAGCUCCUCCUCCAACAAAAACAGCCAAGUUCACAUCAGGAAAGAAGCUUGACAAGCUCCUCCAGGAGAACCCACAACACUAUUCUUCCUCUUCAGACCUCCUUUUUAUGCUGGCAACUUUCUUAAGGUGAGCCAUCUACACUCAGCAUCAUGCUGAUUCAAUUCAGCUGCUGUUUAAGUUGACCACCAGUUUUUAAUCCACCACACCUAGUAAAUACUGAAUGAAUGAAUUUUUUGAAGGAAAGCUUUGUUUUGUUUUUUGUUUUUUUGGCCCAGGGAUCAAACUCAGGACAUUGCACUUACCAGGCAGGAACUUACACCACUGAGCUAAAUCCCCAGCUCCUUUUUUUAAAGCUUGUCUCAUGUGGCAAAAGAUGACAAAUAUGUGUGUGUGGUAUUGGGGAUUGAACCCAGGCCCUUUGCCAUGGUUGGAUUUGAACUGGUGAUCCUUCUGUCUUAGCCUCCCAUAGUGUUGCCGUUAACAGCAUGUAGUAGAGGGGAGGGAAAGGGAAGGGGAAUUAAUUAAGAAAAAAAAAGAAAAAAAGAAAGAAAAGAAACUAGCUGUAGUAGGUACAUGUACCCACUCCCCAAGAUGAUUGUAAACUGCAUGUACAGCAAACAUGUACUAAUAAUAAUUUUUUUUCUUUUUUGGUACCAGGGAUCGAACUCAUGACCUUGUGCUUGCCAAGCAGUUGUUUACACCACUGAGCUAAAUCCCCAGACCCUAAUAAUUUUUUUUAAGUUUAAAAAAUGUACCAGCAUGACAAGGAAAUAUUUAAAAUUUUUAUUAUAGGGGCUGGGGAUUUAGCUCAGCGGCAUAAGCGCCUGCCUUGCAAGCAGGCCAGUCGUGAGUUCGAUCCCUGGUACUGAUAAAAAGGAAAAAGACAAAAAAAAAUUUUUUUUUAUUAUAAAAAUUCCAGGGCCGCGGGUUUAGAUUAGCAGCAUAAGCAGCUGUCCUGGCAAGUGCUAGGUCUGAGUUCAAUCCCCUGUACCAAAAAAAAUAAAAAUCCAAACAUAAUAAUACAUAAUACAUAAUAAUACAAUUGAACACACACAUACAUACAUCACCCAACUUUAACAGUAUCAAUAAUACAUAACCAUUCUUGUUUUAGUCUAUAUCCUAUUACCCUCUGGACUAUUCCAGAGGAGUAUUUUAAUUUAUCUUUAAGAAAUCUUUUUUUGUGUGCAUUGUUGGUACCAGUGAUCAAACUUAUGACCUGAUGCUUGCCAGGCACUGAACUAUAUCCCUGGCCAUAUCUUUAAGAAAUCUUAAAAAAGAAAGAAAGAGGGGCUGGAGAUUUAGCUCAGUGGCAUAAGCGCCUGCCUUGCAAGCAGGCAGUCAUGAGUUUGAUCCCUGGUACCGAUAAAAAGACAUAAAUAAAUAAAAAGAAAGAUCUAUAGUGGCUUAAGCCUGUAAUCACAGCAUUUGGGAAGUUGACCCAGGAGGACUGCAACAAGUUCAAAGCCUGGGUGCCAUAAUGAGUUUAAGGACAGCUUAAACUACAGAGUGAGAUUGUUUAAAAUAUAUAUAUAUAUAAAAUCCUUACAGAGGAAAAUAGCUAUUUUGUCAGCAGAAUUAUGGUAUCAUCUGAAAUCUAAGUCAACUGUGGGACAAAUCUAGCUAUCCUAUUUAUCCUAUUUCAACACUAAUACCUCUCCAUCCCCCUCCCCCCAAAAAAGCUAAUACCCUCUUCUGGGACCAAACUUUACUUUGAAAGGAAAUGAGGGUGUGUCAGUAAUGGAGAGUAUGCUCAGCCUGUGCAAGGCCCUAGGUUCAAUCUUCAGUCUUCAAAGUUACUUUCUUUUAUUGGGAAUGUAGACAUGUGAUACCAUGCCCAGCUUCAAAAGUUAAAGGACUUCAGCGUUUUUUUUUUUUUUUUGCAGUAAUGAUUAGUCAAUCUAGGGUCUGCCUUGCACUGAGCUAUAUCCUCAGCCCAUUAAUUUAUUUUUUUCUUCAAGCCAGUUAAUUUAUUGUAGUGGAGUGGACUGAACCCAGGGCCUUCACACUAACCUACAUUCCCAGCCCUUUUUUAGGUACCGGGGAUUGAAGUCACGACCUCAUGCAUGCCAGGCAGGCUCUUCCGUUGCUGAGCUGUAUCCAGCCCCACCAGCCCUUUUUGUGAUAAGGUCUCAUUUAAAUUGCUAAAUUUCCCACCCUGGGAAAUUUAAUUUGCGAUUAAAUUUGCAAUUAAUUUGCAAUUAAAUUUGCAAAUCAAAUUUGCAAUUCUCCUAUAUCAGUCCCAUCAGCUUUCUGAACACUUGAGAUUAAAGGUGUUACCACAUCGUUAUUUCUCUCUCUCUUUUUUGAGACAGGGUUUUGCUUUGUACAGCAGGAUGGCUCCAAACUCCUAGCAGUCUUCCUGCUUCUCGUGAUCCUCCUGCACACACCUGUAAUCCCAGCACUGGAAAGGCUGAGGCAAGAGGAUUGAGGUCAGUUUGGGCUACAUAGUGAGUUCAAGGCCAGCUUGCACUACAAAGUGAGAUCCUGCCUAAAAUGAAAUAAAAAAAAUUUGGGGGGGGUCUUUUUCUUUUUUAUCGGUACCAGGGAUUGAACCUCAGACUACCUGUUUGCAAGGCAGGCACUUAUGCCACUGAGCUAAAUCCCCAGCCCCAAAUAAAAUAAAAUUUUGAGACAAAGUGUCCCUAAAUCACUGACUUGCCCAUGGUGGGCUCAAGCUUUUGAUCAGCCUCCCAGAGUACUGAAAAUGUCAACUGCCAUCCUAAAAAAGUUACCCAUGUGUUCAACUAAAGUGACUUUAACAGACUUGUUUUCUUCCCUGCAAAACAGAAAAUGGCCUAAAUUGUAGGUAGUUGCCAGUGUGAAAUAUGGGAGUUUGACCUCAAAUCAAAAGACCUAGUUUAAGAUUGCUAGAAAUGCCUCUUAUAUAUUAUAUAAUUUGAACUACUUAAAAUGUCUGAGGCUCUAGGUUACCUGUAAAAAUUGUACUUCAUGAAAUGCUGGUUAGAGUAAAUAAAACAAUGGAUUCUGUAAA